UGCCACGUAUUCGUGUGGCACAUACAUACAACUGUUCGAAAGAAAUUUAUCGACACGUACUGGCAAACGCACAUACCCGAGUCUCAAAUUUCACUCUUCUCGCCUGAGAGAAAUGCGCCAAACACUUCAAAACUCGCCGUUACUGAGCAUCUCAAGUUAUUUGAAAAGUUGCACUUCUGAAAGUGUUUUUCAGCUUUAGAUUGACUCUGUGUUGCAGGAAAUGAAAAAGAAUAAAGAAAGGGAAGAACCAACCAUCGCGUCUGCGCACUCUAGCGGCCGUAGGGGAACGAAGACGACGACGCUGAGGACUACUUGCGGCCCGAGCCGCGAGCCUGCUGUGGUGGAGCCUUUUCGUUUGCGACUCGUACAUCUGGGUUGUGCGCUUUUUGUUGUUCUCACGGUCGUCUCCCCAUUAGGUUGUGCGACCUGUGUACCAUACGGAAGGAACCCGCAUCGCGAGCCACCACCUCUGGUCAUGGGCCGACCUCGGUCCACCCGGAGAGUCUCAUGAUCGCCCACAACAGGGGGCUGGGCUCCGGACAAGCAGCUUUUUCUCGGGGUCCGGAAUAGAUACGAAGUGUUUGUGCAGGUCAAACCUGCAAGAUGAUGUCCGACGAGCUGAACGUGAUCAACGACGAAGACAAAGGCCGCAAUGUUACCAAGAAUAAGAUGUACGUGACGGCGGGCGCCGUUGGUGCGUGCGUUGUGGUGCUGAUGCUCCUGUCGGUCGCCUCGAUCGGGACCAAGAGGUCAAGCGACGAAAUGGGAUUCGCCAACCGACAGAUCAACGUCGCCGGCAUGUGCAGAUCUCAGGCCUGCAACCAACUCAGUUCAAGGCUAAACGAGAGCAUAAGCCCCAAGGAAGCUCCUUGUCAGAACUUCUAUCGCUUUGUCUGUUCUGGGAAACAGAACAAAAUCGUAGCACAGAGGCAGACGGCUUUGGCAGAGGGAAGUGUUGGAGCAUCCUGGGUCGCCGAAACGCUAAAAGAGUCUUUUCGUAAAGUGGAAUCGAACCCAAAGAUUCCAGUCCGGUCCCAGACGGACGCGCAAAAGUUUUUGACCUUCUAUCUAUCUUGCUACCACAGCCUGGCUCCGGGGUCCAGGAAUGUUCGAAGUCUCAAGCACUACAUGCACAUGUUCAACUUCAGCUGGCCGAAAGUAAAAAUCAACGAAAUGAACUCAUUCGACCUUUUAGUUCGCAUGGAGCUAGACUUUAAUAUUGGGUCCUUCUUCAGGUUUGGAAUCUCUUUAAAGAGGCAGAACGCCUGGGAUUUCACACUUAAGCCGCCCAAAAUAUCGAAGUUUAUGUUUGCGCCCACGAGGAAAGAAAACUAUAAGAAGUACUUGGAGAAGGUCGUCCGAACCAUGGGUGGCGGCCUGAAGCACGGUAGCAUAGUGGAUGCGAUAGCCAAAUUCGAAGAGGAGCUUUUCGAGCUGGCUGUCAUGGAAAAGAAACAACGAGUGCAUCUACGGAACUUGUCCCUGCUGACGCCGACGAUCAGUCCCGAGAUGUGGAUGGAAACGUUCAGCAAAUACUUCGUGCUGUCCAAGUUUCUGGACAACCACACUAUGGUCAUCACCAGCCCAGAGUACUUCAGGAAACUCUUCAACUCACUUUCCAAGAAAGAAGGCGCUCUAUAUUUGGGGUGGAGGAUCUUCCGAUUUGGCAGCUGCUUCACAAACGAGUUCAGAGCACUUGAGGAAAGCAUGGAGAUGAACGUGGACUCAUGUAGCCAUCCCGUGAGCGAUGCCCGGGACUACUGCAGGGAGUACGCAUCGAAGAUAAUGCUGCCCCAGAUGAUAGCAUUUGCGACAGAAUCGCUGACGAGCAAGGACGAGGUGCGGUCAGUGGUCGAAAUCACGGACAACGUGAAAAGGGAAAUCUUGAAGGGCCUCAGUUUGAACCCAUGGCUGGACAACAGCACCAAGCUUACGGCCACGCAGAAAGUUCAGAACAGUCGCCUCGUUCUGCCAGAGAUCGGAUUCCGAGCGGAAAAUACCAGCGCGUCUGGAUUUCCCGACUUGGGAGCGGACUUCUUGGAAAACUGGGUGCGAGUCGUCCCGCGAGCCGGCUUUCCGGCCAGGGAGUACGAAAUCGAAGAAUCCAUGCGGAGGCUCUACGACGACCACGUGAAGUACGACGUCUACACGAACGAGCUGCAUCUACCCAUCGCUAGCACCAAGGGACCACUGUACUCUGCCGACCUUCCAGUGGCCACGAUCUACGCUGUGCUCGGAAGAGUCAUAGCGCACGAGCUUCUUCACGGACUCGACGCCCAAGGGCGCGAUAUCAACAACGGCCAGGCGCAAACAUGGUGGAGCGAAGACUUUGCUGACGCGUACAACGCCAAAGCGGCCUGCUACGUCAACCUGUACGAAAACGUCGGCAACUACACCAACAACACGAUCCAGGAGGACAUCAUCGACAAUGCAGCAGUGAGGUACGCGUACGCGGCUUUCAAGACAGCUCUACCUUCGGACAAAGUGGCCAACGUACUUGGUGGUUUGAGCACCUUCAGUCCGGACCAGACGUUCUUCAUUACGUACUGCCACAACUUCUGCGAGAAGACGACUGACCACCCCGAAGCACAUGGUGGCUGGACAAAGUACUCCGACGGCCACAACCGCUGCAACGUGCCGCUGAUGAACAUGGAAGAGUUCGCGCACGCAUUCUCGUGCACGGUGCUAGACCCGAUGAAUCCUGCCAAGAAAUGCUACCUUUGGUGAAACCGUGUCCAUGCAGUACACAACGAAACAGCAGGCGCGCUUUCGUUCCAUCGGGCAUCUGCAGUGCGUUGAACGAAGUGUGAUUUUAAAGUUAGUCAGGACCGUUUGGAAAUAAAGGGCAUGUCUUUA